AGUGUCUCUACUCCCUGUCUGCCCUCUUUCUCUCUCUCUCUUUUAUUACGCUGCCUUGUCUCACUCCCUCCUUCUCCAUUUCAGUACAGUAGCAUUCUUUUCAUAAACAAGCACAGAGACCUCUCUGUGCAUUGCUGUGCCUCUGUUUCCUCUUCCCCUUUAAUCAAUAGCCACACCAGGAGAGUUGCUCACAUGAAUGAAUCCUUGUGAAUCUCACCCCCAGACAUCUUUCACUGGAUGUGCGGAGCUGAGCUGGAAAUCUUGCUCAACUACCCUUGCUAAUCCUGGUAUCUUCAGAGUCUGGGGCUUUAUCAUGCUGGCCCGUGGAAUAUGCGAGUCUCUUGGUCUCAAUGUCCACCCUGUAAUCUUGAUCUCCCUCAUCCUCCUUUUGGGAGCCCAGGCUGAAGAUGGAAAAAUCAAAAAGAACCCCAUCCCAAGUGCAUUGGAAGUGCUCCCUGUGGAACUUCUCAGCAGCAGAACUGGGAAGGAGAACUCCAGGCUCAAGGAUAUGAGAUCACAAAGUGCUCCUCACUCAGGGGAAGAGCUCUUAAACUCAGAUACACAAAGCGAAGUAUUACUCAAUAAGGAGCAAGCCCCAAGCUCUACUCCAGAUUUUGCAGAUAAUCAAACAAUGCCAACCAGGAAAAAACCUCCAUCCUUAAAGCAAUUAAACCUAGCAAGGAAACUUUUGAGGCCACAAGUAGUCCCAACUGUCUCUGAAAGACUGGUAGAAUCAAGUGCCAGCUUAUUAUCCUCAGCAUCUUUAUCAUCAUUAUCAUCAGAUAUGUCUCCUGUUCUAAAGGAUUUAUCUUCUGAAACCCGAGAAGUAAAGGAACACAUCCCUGAGUUUCCAUUGUGGAUAAACAGAAGAAGACACAGUGGUUCCAUUGCUCGCCACCCUUUCCAGCUGACCCCAUAUACAUCACAACCUUCAAUGCCACAUAAUCAGGAUUCAGUAAAAUUGACUGUAGCAGAUAUCAACACUUCUAUGCAGGCAGAUGAGCCUUUAAAGAAACAUUACAGAGACCAAGAUUUGAAUGCAGGAGAGGAAAGCCAAGAUACCACAACAUCUACUAUAAUUACAACAACUGUCAUUACAACAGAGCAGAGCCCAGUUCAAUGCAGUGUGAACUUCUUCGAACCAGAAGGUUACAUUGACUCAACAGACUACCCUCCACUUCCAUUUCAAAACUACCUGGAAUGCACUUAUAAUAUUACAGUCUACAUGGGCUAUGGAGUGGAACUGCAGGUUAAAAGUGUAAAUCUGUCUGAGGGAGAGCACCUAUCUAUUCGAGGCAUGAGCGAGGAUGCACUCAUAGUUCUGGCAAAUGAAACUCUUCUGGUUGAAGGUCAGGUCAUCCGAAGUCCCACUAAUACUCUUUCGGUUUACUUCAAAACAUUCCAGGAUGAUUCAAUUGGAACCUUUCAGCUACAUUACCAAGUUUUCAUGCUGAGCUGCAGUUUUCCCAGAAGGCCAGAUUAUGGUGAUGUGACAGUCAUCGAUUUACAUGCUGGAGGAACGGCACAUUUUCAUUGCUACAUGGGAUAUGUGUUGGAGGGCUCCAGGAACCUUACAUGUAUCAAUUCUUCAAAACCACGUUGGAGUGAUAAAGAGCCCAUCUGUCUAGCACCAUGUGGAGGAAGAACUCAAAAUGCCACAGUUGGACGAGUGCUUUCCCCAAACUUCCCCAGUAACUACAGCAACAAUCUCUUCUGUGCAUGGACAAUAGAUGCACCAGGAGGACAGAAAUUGCACUUGCAUUUUGAGAAGUUCAUUAUGUCUGAAAAAGACAGGUUGGCUGUGUACAGCAAUGGAAAGGUUCUCUUUGAUUCAGUAAAAACAGAGACCGUACCAUUUGAAGGCCUUAUUAGCGAAGGGUCCUGUAUUAGGAUUGAAUUUUCCACAGAUGAGUCCAAGACAGCUCCAGGGUUCAAUAUCCGUUUUGAAGCCUUUGAACGAGGACACUGCUACGAACCCUACAUUCAGAAUGGAAACUUCACUACAACAGAUCCAACUUACAGCAUGGGGACUGUGGUAGAGUUUACAUGUGAUCCCGGGCACUCUCUGGAACAAGGACCAUCCAUUAUAGAGUGUAUCAAUAUGAAGGAUCCUUACUGGAAUGAUACAGAACCUCUUUGCAGAGCAAUGUGUGGUGGAGAGCUCUCCACUCCAGCUGGGGUUAUUCUCUCACCAAACUGGCCUGAUCUGUACACAGAGGGAGAAGACUGUAUAUGGAGAAUCCAUGUGGGAGAUGAUCGAAGAAUAUUUCUUGAUAUACAGCUAAUGAAUCUGAGCAACAACGAUAUUCUGACCAUUUAUGAUGGAGAUGAAAUUACAUCAAAGAUUUUGGGACAGUACGUUGGAACCAGUGGCCCUCAGAAACUCUACUCCUCAUCCCCCGACCUCUCAAUUCAGUUUCAUUCUGAUCCAGCGGGGAUGAUCUUUGGGAAAGGACAAGGAUUUAUUUUGAAUUAUAUAGAAGUGUCCAGGAAUGAUUCUUGCUCAGAACUACCUGAAAUCCAGAAUGGAUGGAAGACUACAUCUCACACAGAUCUCAUCAGAGGAGCCAAAAUUACAUAUCAGUGUGAUCCUGGAUAUGAUAUUGUGGGCAGUGAAACCCUGACCUGUCAGUGGGAUCUAAGCUGGAGCAGCGACCCUCCGUUUUGUGAGAAAAUCAUGUACUGUACAGACCCGGGAGAGGUAGAGCACUCCGCUCGUCUUAUUUCAGACCCAGUCCUUCUCGUGGGUACUACUAUCCAGUACACUUGUGACACAGGCUUUGUGCUUGAAGGAAGCUCUCUUCUGACCUGCUACAGCAGGGAAACAGGAACCCCAAUCUGGACAUCCAAAAUCCCACACUGUGUUUCUGAAGAAUCCCUUGCCUGCGACAAUCCUGGUCUACCAGAAAACGGCUACCAAAUUCUCUACAAAAGACUCUAUCUCCCUGGAGAAUCACUGACUUUUAUGUGCUAUGAAGGCUUUGAAUUGAUGGGAGAAAUCACUAUUAAGUGCAUCCUGGGUCAGCCUUCUCAGUGGAGUGGACCUCUUCCUAUAUGUAAAGCUACACAGGACAGGUUUGAACAUGCAUUACAAGUGGCAGAAGCAGCAGCAGAAACGUCUUUAGAAGGAGGAAAUAUGGCAUUAGCAAUAUUCAUCCCUGUUGUCGUCAUUUCAGUUCUGCUGGGAGGAGCAUACAUUUAUAUUACAAGGUGCAGAUACUAUUCUAGCCUUCGCCUUCCACUCAUGUAUUCUCAUCCUUACAGCCAGAUAACAGUGGAAACAGAGUUUGACAAUCCAAUUUAUGAGACUGGGGAGACUCGAGAAUAUGAAGUUUCAAUAUAAAAACUGGAGAUUUCCAUUUGAAGGCAAGCACCAGACACCUUUAUUCAAGAUGUCAGUUCUGGAAUGUGAUAGAACUUCACAGUGCAUAAUCCAGAGACUAUGUGGAAUUGAAAUUAACCUUUUAGCCUUUUAGUUGUAUUUCCUUUUGACUCUUUCUUGAAGAUUUCCAUCUCUGUAUUUAUAACAUUUGCAUUUAACUAGAUGUGGUUUAAGAGAAACAAUCUGUUAUGUUGCAGGGUAUUUUACAAACUUGCGUCAGAACAAAGAUACUGAAUCACUCUUUGGAUUCAUUUAGGUAAAUUUAGCAAGGGAAGAAAUACAUUUUCGGUAGUCAAUAAUGUUGUUUCCUGCGGAUGGUUUCCAAUCUGAGAUUAGUCUAAAGUAUUAAUAAACUAAUUUAUUAUAAUAUAAUAUAAAUUUAAUUAUUAUAAGUCUCAGAGACAGUUGUGUUGGUCUAUUAACAAACAGCAAUGAUUUUCAGGCAGGCACUGGAAGCAGUCAGAAAUGGAAGCUGAAAUUUGAUUGGUAACUAAGGGUUAAUGGAUACCAUUGCUCAAUGCACUAAACAUGCCCUAAUGCAAAUUAAACAGAUGAUAGGUAGCAAAUAUUGCAAGAGGAUGAAAGCGAUAAUUUGUUGCCUGUAUUUCAUGUCAUUAAAUGCACCUUAU